UUUUUCUCAAGGCAUUUUUAAUUAAUCUCUUAUUAAAUUCCCAUAUUAUCCCUUUACGUAAUCUUUAAGUCCCUUAAAUUCCUCCUCAAAAUCCCUCCCUAUAUACUAUAAAAAAAAAUCAUUUUUAAUUUGUUUUCCACGUUCAGUGUCUGGCUCCGUUUCUAACUGUGCGUACGUCUGUCUAACGUGUACACAAAAUAUUACUUUAUUUCCCUAUAAAUUUCCGUCCCGUUAGGUCUACCCCGUUUUUGUCGUUUUUGUUCUUAAAUUCCUUCUUCCAAAGUCUCCUUCACUUAGAAACUUGCUUUACUUCUCUCUAUCUUCGAUUUUUUUUUUUGAAAAUUUUUCAGAUUUUUGAGAUGUCAAAUCUUGGAUUUCUUGCCAUUGUUUUGUGCUUAGUUCUUGAACUCACCUUCGCUGCUGAUUCGCCAGCGCCUGCGCCGUCGCUUGGUGCAGACUCUUCACCGCAACUCGGUCCUACACCGGAGACUGGAUCUCCUGACUCUGCACCAGCAACGUCACCGGGGAAUGCUGCUUCGCCUUCGGCGCCAAUGGCGCCAUCUCCAUCAGAUCUGGCUCAUGGAAAGUCUUCACCGGCGAGUUCUCCUGCUUCUUCACCGGACGAUGCGAGCGAUAUCAACCACGGCAACAGCAAUGCAAAGGGAAGCGAAGAGAAGACCGGUGGUGACGGAGGAAUCAGCGGCAGGAAAAAGGCGGGAAUCGUGGUGGCAGUGGUUGCAGCAGCGUGUUUGGUUGGCUUCGGUGGAUUGGUAUACAAGAAGAGACGAGAUAACAUCAGGAGAUCUCAGUACGGAUACGCUGCCAGGAGGGAAAUCCUGUGAAAAAGACGAGUACAGAUUUCAAACAAUGAAUAGAAGAGAUGGUGCCGGCAAGGCUUGGUCAAAGUAGCAGUAUCACGCUCUGUCUUGGACUCCGCCAUUUCUAUGCGUGGGAUUGGGCCCGGCCGGUAGACUUGUAAACCUAAAUACAAAGGUGA